AAAUCGAAUUUCACUGCAAAAACGCAAAACCUCAGGGCUUAGUUUUUUCCCCCAAUUCCGUCCUUGACAAAAUUUUAGGGUUUUUAAACUUCCGAUCAACUCCUCCAAAUUCCGGGCAUGGUCCUCUUCAGAUGAGCCCAGCAAUUUCUAGGGUUUUCGACUUCCAAUGGGAGCCCUCGCCAGAAACCGCAAGCGCAUCGACGAGUCUCUGACCUCGUACUCCUCCUCUCCCCUCUCCCCCAAUUCCCGCAUUCCAAAGCGCCCCAAGCUCUUCUCUCCGCCGCUCCAACCCCCGACCCGACCGGCCUCCAACCGCGCCGUCGCCAGAGUCUCCCGCUACCCUCCCCCGCAGCCCUCGCGUCGUGUCCACGCCCCGUGCAAGCCUGAGAAGUUCAGCUCCGUCUCCUCCCCCAGUCGCGGGGCUUGUCCACCGGAGGAGCGUUCCGGCGACGACGAAGGCAUGGGGAAUACCUUCAGCCGGUUGCUGGAGGUGUAUAAUCAGGCGAAGAAGGAAGCUCUGACGACGAUUCCAGACCGGAGUAAGGAGAAGGAGGUGAUUCGAUUGGAUGAGGAAGACGAUGAGCAGAAUCGAGUUUCGGAGGAUUCGAGUGUGGAGGAGGUGGUGGAUUUAGGAGAUGAUGAGCCGGAGGAGCUGGAAUUGGAGAGGAGGAAGAAGCAGCAGCCGUCGGAUUUCACUACAUUGACUGUGAAUGGUUCGAGUUUGAGAGUGGAGGCGGCGGAGAAGAUGAGGGAGCUGAUGUCUCUGGACCCGGAGGACUUGCCGAGGUAUAAGAAGCUGAUUGAGGAAGUGGAGAGGAAGAGCACGCCGAAGUUGAAGCAGUUAGGUUUCGAAAUUCAGGUGGCUGAGAAUAAGAGGGCACUGUUUGAGUCGUUGCGGCCGAAGAAGAAGAAGCCGGUGGAUGAGGCGCCGGUCGAACCGUUUAUUCUUCUCAAAGAGGAGGAAAAGGCUGUGGUUGAUCGAGCAUUUUCUAAUGUGAAUCGGAGGAAGGUCCUUGUAAGUCAUGAGAACUCGAACAUACAAAUUACGGGUGAGCUUUUGCAGUGCCUUAGACCGCGCGCAUGGUUGAAUGAUGAGGUUAUAAACGUUUACCUUGAGUUGCUGAAGGAGAGGGAAAAGAGAGAUCCCAAGAAGUAUUUGAAGUGUCAUUUUUUCAACACUUUUUUCUACAAAAAGUUAAUUGGUGGAAGAAGUGGUUAUGAUUAUAAAGCUGUCAAAAGAUGGACUACUCAAAGAAAGCUGGGAUACAGCCUCAUUGACUGCGACAAAAUAUUUGUUCCCAUCCACAAAGAAAUACAUUGGUGCUUGGCUGUGAUUAAUAAGGCAGAUCAGAAGUUCCAGUAUCUUGAUUCGCUCGGAGGUCGCGAUGCCAAAGUGAUGCAACAUUUGGCUAGAUACUACGUUGAUGAAGUGAAGGACAAGUGUGGGAAAGACAUUGAUGUGAGUUUUUGGGAAUUUGAAUGUGUUGAAGACCUUCCUGAGCAGGAGAAUGGGUUCGAUUGUGGCGUGUUUAUGAUCAAGUAUGCUGACUUUUACAGCAGGGGCUUGGAUCUGUGUUUCCACCAGAAACAUAUGCCAUAUUUUCGAUUGAGGACAGCCAAGGAGAUUCUACAAUUAAGAGCUGACUGAUUUGUCAAGGAGAAAUGGGUUAAUGACCGAUGCCUGCUUCUUCACAAUAUCGGGGCUUGUCACGGGAGAACUUGAGCUUAUGUUUGCAUGAUUUUGAGAUUCGUCCUUGUGGAGGUGAUUGCUGCAAGACAUUGUUAGUAGAGUACAAAGCAAAUUGCAUAUAGCCUAGGUAUACAAGUGUGUGAGCCAGGAUCCGUCAGUGUCCCGAGUUACAAGUAGUUUGAAGGGUCCUUGUAUCUUGUCACUUGAAAAGUGUUGGAUUCUAUCUAACAAUGUAACACAGGGUUUUUGAGGGAAUAUCUAUUCCAUAAAAUUGGUGUUAAGAUUCA